AGUAGGCUACAUAACCUGACUGUCUGGAAGUUGUCUUGUGACUUCGUACUUCGACCACAGCCGUACAGAUUUUAUACGGCUCUGAUUUCGACGAACAUCCACUGAUUGUGAGAACUCUUCGUCUUGCCAUGCUUUCAUCAUGAGUCACCCUGACCUGAUGGACGUUGAUGUCAGUAUGGCUGAGAAGUCGCCUCAAUAUGAGGAUCAAGAUAAAGUCGCUUUGGCCAAAGAGAGAAACUUCAGAGAGGUGAAUGCAGAGAAUCCCACCAGAAGACUCCAAGAAGAUUUAGAAGCUGAGGUAAACAAACUUGAAAUAGGACUCCAUGAUGACAAGAAUUGGGAGAACCUUCCUACAGAUGAUAAUCUAGAUGAGAGAGUGGGUUCUGGUAAACAAAGGAGUCAUCAUGGCAGACACUCACCAGUGCCCAGUGUAAUGUCCAUGAAGAGCGACCAGUCAUUGGAUCACUCUAUUCAUUUUACAGGAGGAAGUAAAGGCACUAGGAUUGAUUUAGAUAAACUAGACUCUGUGAGCUGUUGGUCUUCAGUAUGUGAGCUGUCAGAGAAUUCUACUCAUUUUGCCGCUAGUCAACACUCAACAGAACCUGGGGGUGUUCUCUGUGCUGUUUGCCCAAAGAGGGCUUUCAAGUCCUGCCUGACCUGCAUGGCCUCCUUCUGUGGGAUCCACGUUAAGCCGCAUUACACAGCUCCAGCACUGCAGAGACACAAGCUGGUGGAGGCCACUGAAGACCUGGAGCAGAGACUGUGCCCACGACACAACAGAGAGCUGGAGUUGUACUGCAGGACUGACCAGACGGCAAUAUGUGUACUGUGUGUGGCAGUGGGACACAAUGGUCAUGAUGUAACAGAACUGGGAAACCAUCAGCAAAUGCAAAUAUACUCGCCAGAAAUGGAAAAGAAGACAGCUGUCCCUCCUCCUGGGCCCAUUGAGUUCUCCUCAGUGAAGCCAGACUCUGUGUGUGUGUGCUGGGGACCUCCUGAGGGACUGCCUGGACCCCACACAUUCAGGGUCACAUGGACGGGUGAAGGGAACCAGGAGCAACUGGAAGUGCAGGACCUGAAACUACAUGUGCAGGAGCUCUCUCCAGGAGAGAAGUACACAUUUACUGUGGCCACCCUCACUGAUGACGGCAGACAGAGUCCAUGUGUGUCUGCAACUGUGCAAACAGAUAUUCCUCCACCUGGGUGCAUUGUUGUAGAAAUGGAUCUACCAUCAGUGUCAGUGAAGUGGAGCAAACCAGCAGGAGUUGAUCAGGCCUCAUACUUGCUGACCCUCAGCUGUGAUGGGAAACGUCUACAGACUACUUCCACCAAAUCUCUUCAUCACUGUUUUUCUGGAUUGGAAAUUGGGAAAGAAUACAACAUCACUGUUUCCACUAUAUUAAAAGGGGGUCAAAGCAAGCCCCUCUCUAAAAUCAUCAGAACAAGUGUUCCAGUCCCAGAGAAUCUGACUGUAGGCUCAGUGACUCCUACAUCAGCUGUUCUUAGCUGGAGUCUGCAUCAGGAGAUGGAGCAGAUUCCACACAGAUUCCUGAUCUCCUACCACAGUGAAGGAGCUGAACCACAAGCCAUCUCUACAGAGUCCUGCAGCACAACUCUUACAGGCCUGCAGCCAGACACUCAGUACACUGUUACUGUCUGCUGUGAGCUCAGAAAUGGGGGGAUGAGUCGGGCUACUACAAGACCACUCCAGACAGAUACUUUUGGUCCCAAGAGGCUGUCAGUGGAUGUACUGGAUCCAGAGUCUGAUAAUAGAUGGAUGGCAGUUCUCAGCUGGAGUCUGCAUCAGGAGAUGGAGCAGAUUCCACACAGCUUCCUGAUCUCCUACCACAGUGAAGGAGCUGAACCACAGACCAUCUCUACAGAGUCCUGCAGCACAACUCUUACAGGCCUGCAGCCAGACACGCAGUACACUGUGACUGUCUGUACUGAGCUCCAGGGUGGAGAACAAGUGGAGAGCAAGAAGAGCAAGUCUGUAUCCACCACCCUCUACACAAGUGAAAGAAGGAUUGUGCUGCUCGGGAAAACAGGUGAAAGGAGGAUUGUGCUGCUCGGGAAAACAGGUGACGGUAAAAGCACUGCUGGAAACACUAUCCUGGAAGAAGAGCUUUUCAAGGUUGAUGCUGCUAAGCACUCAGUGACAAGCAAGUGUGAAGCUCACAGUAAGAUAAUCAAUGGGAGAAAAUAUACAGUGAUUGACACAUUCUUUGACACACACACUCCGGAGAAGACGUUAAAACAGGAAAUAGCUAAUUGUGUGCUGCAGCUCUAUGGCAACUUCCACUCUCACACUGAUCUUUUGGCCUGA